CAAGAGCUGUUGACCUAAUUUGAAUAGGAAGAUACAUUUUAACUCCGCAUUAUGCAUUCAUGUGAUAUUUGGGCAGAGUGAGUAUUCUGUUCGAUAUAAAACAAAUCAAAAUGAAGAUUUGUUCGUUUAUAAUAUUUAUUGUAUCAAUAGUGACUCAAAGUAAAUGCAAGUAAGUCUGAGCUCCUCUAGCUUAUUUAUUUUCCUUCGAAAAAUAAAAAUUCUACAGGUUCUCUGGUGAAAUAAUGAUGGAUGAAAUCCAAAAAGAUCUACAGAAGCUCAUAACAGACAUUAUGGUACAUAAUCUUCAUCCAUACAAAUGUGUCACAAUAAUAAGUGACGACAUGUAUAGCUGGAUUUUUGAUAAGGCUUGGUUUCAAAAAUUCAAAGCGUUUAUAUCAUUCAUAACCAUAUUUGUUGAAGAGUAUGAAGAUCUUUUGUCACCCCAAGAUGAAAUACAAGAAUCUUUAGAAGAGGCUAAUGAAGUUGGUUGCCAAAUGUACAUCAUUUUACUAGCGAAUGGUUUACAGUGUACGAGAUUCCUAAGUUUUGGAGAUAGAUACCGGAUGUUAGAUACUAGAAUGAAAUUUAUUCUUAUUUAUGAUAGUAGACUGUUUGAAAGAGAAUUUCAUUAUUUAUGGAGAAGAAUUGUCAAUGUCGUCUUCAUUCGGCAGUAUGAAGGUACGCACAGAGAUGCAGGCAAAAAAAAUAAUCCUUGGUUUGAACUUGUAACCGUUCCUUUUCCUUCUCCUAUAAAUUCCAUCUUAGUACCAAAACGAUUGGAUAUCUAUUCCAGAGGAAAAUUCAGAAAGGGAAUUGAUCUGUUUCGUGAGAAAACAGUAGAUCUGAAAAAUCAGACUCUCAAAAUUGUUGCAUUCAGUCACACACCUGGAACUAAAAAACACUGGAUUAGUUCUGGUAACACAAAUAUAACCGAUGAGGAUUCAACAACCAAAAAUUAUUAUUUUUCUGGUGCUGAGGUUGAGAUUCUAAAGACGGUUUCCAGGGCUAUGAAUUUCAAUUAUGAUAUUUACGAACCAGAAAAUGCUGACAUCGAACUAUGGGGGAGAAAGGGUGUGGAGACAAAGUACACUGGUAUUAUUGGAGAAAUGAUUUAUACUCAUGCAGAUAUAGCACUGGGUGAUCUAUAUUAUAUUCCUUCGCUUCUUAAUUUAAUGGAUUUGAGUAUUCCAUACAAUACGGAGUGCCUAACAUUUGUAACCCCAGAAGCACUCACGGACAACUCAUGGAAAACUUUAAUUCUACCAUUUAGUGGUUUCAUGUGGUUGGGAGUUCUACUCUGCUUAGCUUUAAGCUCUCUAUCGUUUUUUCUGAUAGCUAAAUUUCAUUGUCGAAUAAACCACUUGAAAGAGAAAAAGAGGAAGGAAAAAAAUGAUGCUGUUUACGUGAAGAAAAAGAAAGUUAUUACUUUGUCAAUGUUUCCGGAAGUUCAGAAACUGGACGAUGAUGCCAAAUAUAUUUUGAUGAAAGGACAAUAUAAUAAACCUAUCGAAGAGGGCCAACUUAUGGGAUUAUAUUUGUUCUCAGAGCCGUUCAACUGUCUGCUGUAUACCUACAGUAUGUUGUUACUGGUUUCGCUUCCCAAGUUACCCACCGGAUGGUCCUUGAGAAUAUUAACCGGAUGGUACUGGUUAUAUUCACUUUUAGUCGUGGUUGCCUAUAGAUCGAGUUUAACAGCAAUUUUAGCAAGACCAGUUCCUAGAGUUACCAUUGAUACCCUACAAGAGCUCAUCGAUAGUAACCUAGCAACUGGAGGAUGGGGAGAAAUUAAUAUGGAAUUCUUUCAAACCACUCUGGAUCCCAGCAUACGAGAUAUCGGAAAAACAUUUGAAACAGUCAACAACUCAGAUGAGGCUAUCGACAGAGUAGCAAGUGGAAAGUUCGCGUUUUAUGAAAAUACCUACUUCCUCAAGGAAGCUAUUGUAAAAAGACAACUACGUUUUCAAGCAAAUAGAAUCAAAUCCAAUUCAACAAAUGAUACUAAAGCACUCAACAACAUAGUGAGGGAAGAUAGGAGUUUACAUAUCAUGAAUGACUGCAUCAUCAACAUGCCCGUUUCAAUAGGUCUUCAGAAAAAUUCACCAAUUAAACCAAGAUUCGAUAAGCAUAUAAGAAGAGUUUUGGAGGCAGGGUUAAUAAAAAAAUGGUUGGAUGAUGCAAUGCAAAAAAUAUUGAAUGUGGAAGUACAAACGGUAGAGGAAACUAAAGCGAUUAUGAGUAUGAGAAAGUUUUCUGGAGCAUUGGUGGUUCUUUUCAUUGGGUAUAUAUUGAGUGUUUUGAUUUUUUCAGUUGAAAUUUUAUAUUUUAAUCUUGUACUCAAAAGGAAUCCUAAUUAUAAUAAAUAUUCAAGAAGCAUCGUGAAAAAAUCGGAGUAAAUAAUGU